CCACCAGACAAGAAACUCAAUUCCGCACUGCUGCUGAGUCGUCGGACUUAUCCACCAAGGGAUUCGUGGAAUUUCUCGCCCUCUUUUGGGUAUGCAGGUACUAAGAGCCCUCUCACUACCAACCAGCGGACAUCAUCUGGCUGGGUCUUGCCGGGGAGAUCGGAGCAACAGGGAACGCCUAGACGACGUUUUUCUUCCUGGGCUGCAGUAAGUAGAUCGAGAGGUCGUUCCGCCCCUUGUCCCCGAAUAUGGGGAAUAUGUUCUCAUAAAAUCUUGCUCCAAUCUGACCUAGCUGGCGAGCGAUCCCAGUUCGCGACAGAGAACAAGACAGCAAGCGAGCGUACUUUUGUUCGCUUCUUCUCCACCAAGCACGGAAGUUUAAGGAUAACUGUAGGUCGGUGGCUACCUAAGGAAACUCCGAUUCGAUCCGCCCCCCGGCUGGGAGGCAUCUACCUCAUCCCGAUCACAAGGAGAGGUUCACUAUGAUGGGGGGUACUUUUUUUUCCCUUAAGGAAAAAAUGAAAUGCAUAGGGGACCAUCCUUUUGUUGCGGCAUGNCCGACUUAUU